CUUUCCAUCAAUGCUUUUGACUACAACUGCCACCUGGACCUGAUCAAGCUGCUGAGGCAGGAGGGAGAGCUGGUGAAGCUGCGCAGGGCUCGGCAGAAGAUGAGUGAGCUCUUCCCCCUCACUGAAGAGAUUUGGCUGGACUGGCUGAAGGAUGAGAUCAAAAUGGCCUCGGAGAGCUCAGAGAGAGAGAAGGUUUAUGAGCUGUUUGAACGAGCUGUCAAAGAUUACAUCUGUCCUGAGAUUUGGUUGGAAUAUGCCCAGUAUUCCAUUGGGGGCAUUGGGCAGGAAGGAGGGAUCGAGAGGGUUCGCUCCAUCUUCGAGAGAGCUCUGACUGCAGUGGGGCUGCAUGUGAGCAAGGGCACAGCUCUCUGGGAGGCAUACAGGGAGUUUGAGAAUGCCAUCCUGGAAACAGCACAGCCAGCCCCUGGCAGCAUUCCCUCCCCGGAGCAGCAGCAGGUGCUGUGCAGCCAGCUGGAAAAGAUCCACACACUGUUCCGGCGCCAGCUGGGGAUCCCACUCCUAGACAUGGAGGCUUCAUAUGCUGAGUAUGAGGAGUGGUCAGAGGAUCCAAUUCCAGAGGCAACAGUAAAGAACUACAAAAGAGCUCUGCAGCAGCUGGAGAAGUGCAAACCCUAUGAAGAGGCACUGCUGGGAGCAGAAACACCAAAGCUGGCAGAGUACCAGGCCUACAUUGACUUUGAGCUGAAAGCAGGUGAUCCAGCUCGCAUCCAGCUCAUCUAUGAGAGAGCUCUGGCUGAGAACUGCCUUGUCCCAGACCUCUGGGCACGUUACAACCAGUACCUGGACAGGCAGCUGAAGGUGAAAGAGUUGGUUCUCUCUGCCCAUGACCGAGCUGUCAGGAACUGCCCCUGGACUGUUGGGCUGUGGAUUAGGUACCUCCUGGCCAUGGAGAGGCACAGGGUUGAGCACAGCAUCAUUUCUGAAAUGUUUGAAAAAGCUCUGAAUGCUGGUUUUAUCCAGGCCACAGACUAUGUGGAGAUCUGGCAGGCAUACCUGGAUUACCUGAGGAGAAGGGUGGAUUUUACACAAGACUCCAGUAAGGAACUGGAGGAGCUGCGUUCAGCCUUCGCACGAGCCGUGGAGUACUUGAAACAAGAAGUAGAAGAGAGGUUCAGUGAGAGUGGAGAUCCAUCCUGCACCAUCAUGCAGAACUGGGCAAGAGUUGAGGCUCGUUUGUGCAACAACAUGCAGAAAGCCAGAGAGCUCUGGGACAACAUCAUGACUAAAGGGAAUGCUAAAUAUGCUAACAUGUGGCUGGAGUAUUACAACCUUGAAAGAGCCCACGGGGACACGCAGCACUGCCGGAAAGCUUUGCACCGCGCCGUGCAGUGCACCAGCGACUACCCCGAGCACGUCUGCGAGGUGCUGCUCACCCUGGAGAGGAUAGAAGGAACACUGGAAGACUGGGAUGCAGCUGUUCAGAAAACAGAGACCAGAUUGGCUCGAGUUACUGAACAGAGAGCAAAGGCUGCUGAGAAAGAGGCUGCUCUGGCAAAGCAGGAGGAGGAGAGAGCUGAGCAGAGGAAACAGGCUCGGGCAGACAAAAAAGCCUCCAAGAAAGCUAAGAAGUCCAGGAUUGGAGACAAACGCAAAGCAGAUGAGGAUGAUGAGGGAGAAUGGGGCCAAGAAGAAGAGCAGCCCAGCAAGAGGCACAAGGGAGAGAGGGAUGGUGUCCUUCCUGAAGAAGACAUGGAGGUGGAGACUGGGCUCUUUGGGAGAAGUGGCCCUGGAAAGCCUGAUGGGCCAACAGUCCCCAAGGAAAAGGCCUCGACCAGCCGGAAAGACGUGCCCAAAGUUCUCCACGACAGCACUAAGGACAAGGUCACUGUGUUUGUCAGCAACUUGGCCUACACCAUGGCCGAGCCCGAGCUGAAGCUGAGGGAGCUGUUUGAGAGCUGUGGGGAGGUGGCUGAGGUGCGACCAGUGUUCAGCAACAAAGGAACCUUCCGUGGCUACUGCUACGUGCAGUUCCAGGAGGAGAGAGCAGCUCUGCAGGCUCUGGGCUUGGACCGCACUGCUGUGGAGGGAAGGCCCAUGUUUGUGUCCCCAUGUGUUGACAAGAGCAAGAACCCUGACUUCAAGGUGUUCAGGUAUAGCACUACCCUGGAGAAACACAAACUCUUUAUCUCUGGUUUGCCAUUUUCCUGCACUAAGGAGGAGCUGGAAGAGGUGUGUAAAGCCCAUGGGAAUGUCAAGGACAUUCGGCUGGUCACCAACAGAGCCGGAAAACCCAAGGGCCUGGCCUAUGUGGAGUAUGAAAGUGAAGCCCAGGCCUCGCAGGCUGUGCUGAAGAUGGAUGGGCUGAGCCUGAAGGACCAUGUCAUCAAGGUGAUGAUCAGUAACCCUCCGCUGCGCAGGCUGCCGGACAGGCCCGAGGCAGGCAGGGCCUCCACCUUUGCAGCACCAAGGCAGCUCUAUGGAGCGAGAGGGAAGGGCAGGACUCAGCUCUCCAUGAUGCCUCGUGCGUUACAGCGUCAGAGCAACCCUGUGGCCAAGGCUGAGAAUGGGAUGGUCCAGAACUCACCAGCAACGUCCUCUGAACCCCCUGCAGAGCCUAAAAAGAUGUCCAAUGCUGAUUUUGCUAAGAUGCUACUGAAAAAGUGAGCAACGAGGAGUCUGCAGUCAGCAGGUCUGGUACAAUGUGAAAUGCCUUUCUGGAAGCCAUGUUGUGUCCUUAUGCUAGCAAGGAGAGAACUCCAUCACAAUCCUGUGUACAUACUGGUCUGGACUGCUGCACUCAUCAGGAUCAGUGUAGGAUGGCACAAAUCCAGGUGGUUUUCCUCUGAAGAGCAAAGAGUUCUGCUUUUGUGGUGAAACGGUGUUAAUAUGAUUCCUCAUAUUGAGGGUAACGA